AUGGCCGACGCCGACUUUUCCCUCUUCACCUCCAUUCGGUACGAUGUUCGCCUCAAGGGGGUCCCCUCUGGUGACCUCCGUCACGCGGGGUGGAAUUUCGAGCAGGAAUCUCCCUUUUACAUGCUGGACUAUCACCGAGACCGCAUCCUGCGAGCCGCCACUCACUGGAAGUGGAACGAGGCCAUCGAGUUCUUCUCCGGCAAGGAGGGCCUCUCGACCCUCGCCAAGAUGGCCCUCGAGUCCGUCGGCGAGUACGAGACGAAGCCGCUGCGGGUGAGGAUCGUUGUCAACGCCGACGGCAGCAUCAGUUUUCACAAGUUUCACACGCCCGACGUGCCCUUGGAAAACCUGCUUCCCAAACGUCUCCCGCCCCCCGGGGCGCCCGCCGCCGGCAACGAUCCCGAUCCCUUGCCGACCGUCACCCUCGUCGUCGACGACGGUCGCGUCGCUCGCUCCGAAUUCACCCACUACAAGACGACGCGGAGAGCCAUGUACGACGCGGCCCGCGAGAGGGCCGGCAUCGGUCCCAAGGACCUCAAGGAAGUCUUGAUGAUCAACGAGGACGGCCUCGCCGUCAUGGAAGGCAGCACGACGGCACCCUACUUCUGGCGCCGCGGACGUUGGGUCACGCCCCCCGUCGCCCCCGAGUUUGACUGGAACGAGGGCAGCGGCGGCCAGGACGGCACGUCGAGGCGCUGGGCCCUUCAAAGGUGA